AUGCAAGCAGCAGCAAAAGCAGUCGGACAGUUGGUUCAACAAGCGAUGGCGGGUCGAAAGUGUCCAAGUCCGGUGCUGGUGAAGUUCGCAGUCGCAAGUCUGGCGGGGGUUCUAAGGGUCGAAAGGGACAGAAAGACGGCAGUCGUUCUCGCAGUCGAAGUGCAAGCAGUGGGAAAUCUUCCAAGAAGGACCGGAAGCAUGCUACUCCUCAAACGCCAUCAAAGAAGGAUCUGUCUAAUAAGCCGGUGAAGCU